AGACGCCGCGUUGCGAAGCGCGCCCCCGCCGAUCGCGUGGUCUGCUCCGCUCCGCUCUCCCCUUCCAUAUUGCUGCAGCCCAGAGCAGGGAGCCCGGGCUGCCCCCGGGGGGGAAGAGGAGGAAAGGGAGAAGCAGUGAGAAGAGCCGUCAGGCCCCUGGGCUUCGGGGGUGGGGGGUGGCGGGGGGAGCCUACGGCUCCAGGCGAAGAGGCAGCAGAGGGGUCCCCCCCCCGCCCCGGCACCGCCGCCGCCGCUCAGGGCCUGGGCUUCUCGGCAGCUCUCCGACGGGGAGGGAGAAAAGGGAGGGGGCCGCGCCCGGCUGCUCGGCUCGAGUACCCCCCGGCACUCCCCUCCUGCUCCGGUCCCCGGGGACUGUGAGGGGAGCAGCCCCUGGAGGCAGCCUUCCCAGAAGAGAGAGCGGCAAGGCCGGGCAGCUUCAGGAAAGUUUUGAGGCGGCGGGCGAGAGGGGAGGGGGCGAGGCUGCCGCGGCGCCGGCGGGGGCUUCGGUUCGGGGGGCGGGCGCUCCCAUGGCCACCGAGGUGGAGUCACUCCCGCCCGGCAACCCCCUCCUUCAGGCCGAGGAGCACGGCGGGCUGGUGAUGAAGCAGCCGCCACCGGCGCCGCCGCAGCAGCAGCAACCGCAGCAGGCGCCGCAGCCCGAGGGGAAGGGAGAGCCUCUGGACGGCGGCGACGAAGGCGCCCGGCCCCCGCGGCAGCCCAGCUCAGCCAGGCAGUCCCGGGAAGACGGCCCCCAGCCUGAGAGGGAAAGCCUGCAGCUGCCGCCGCCGCCGCCCCGGGGCGAGAGUGACGGCGGCAGCGGCAGCGAAGAGGGCGGCGAGCCGUGCCGCCGAGAGUUCGUCGAGGCCCCCCCGCCCAAGGUGAAUCCGUGGACGAAAAACGCGGGGCCGCCGGCUUUGGUCACUGUGAACGGACAGUCCCCGCCAGAGCAUUCUGCUCCAGCCAAAGUGGUGAGGGCAGCCAACCCCAAGCCUCGAAAAGGCAGCAAGGUUAGUGAUUUUGGAGAUGCUACCAACUGGCCCACACCUGGAGAGAUAGCCCACAAGAGUGUCCAGCCCCAGCCUCAUAAACCAGCUCCACUUCGCAAACCACCCCCAAAGAAGGACAUGAAGGAACAGGAUAAAGGAGAGGGAAGUGACAAUAAGGAAAGUCCAAAGGCCAAGUCAGAUGAAUCUGGAGAAGAAAAGAAUGGGGAUGAUGAUAGCCAGAAAGCUGGGCAGAAGAAGAAAGGGAGCAAACACAAGUGGGUUCCAUUGCACAUAGACAUGAAGUCAGAUGUGGCCCGGGACAAAACUGCUUUACGUACCAACCGCCAGAAUGAACAACUUCGCCAUCCCUCUGCCAGCCGUGGUGAGGUCAAAGGACUGAGCCAAGGCCCCCCCUCUUCCCCGGGGUGGCAUCCGGACAACAAACAGGAAAGGGCCUGGCCUGACCAUGAUGAGACGUCAAGCGUGAAGAGUGAGGGGGGAGCCAUUCGGGGCGCGUUCCGGGGCCGAGGCCGGGGGCGAGGCAGAGGCCGGGGUCGAGGCCGGGGCAACACUCGAUCCCACUUUGAUUACCAAUACGGCUACCGAAAGUAUGACUGCUCUGAUGGCUCUCGAACCCCCAAGUACCAAAGUAACAUCACUUAUUAUUUUGACAAUGUGAGCAGCAAUGAUCUAUAUAAUGUGGACCAGGAGCUGCUGAAAGACUACAUCAAGCGACAGAUUGAAUACUACUUCAGUGUGGACAACUUGGAACGAGACUUCUUCCUUCGACGUAAAAUGGAUAAUGAUGGGUUUCUUCCUAUCACCCUCAUUGCCUCUUUCCACAGAGUGAAGGCCCUUACCACUGAAGUGGGCCUCAUCAUCCAGGCCCUAAAGGAUAGCAAAGUGGUCGAGAUUGUAGAGCAGAAGAUCCGAAGGAAGGAGCAGCCUGAGAAGUGGCCCCUGCCAGGACCCACAAUGACAGAUUAUUCACAGACUGACUUUUCUCAGCUCAUCAACUGCCCUGAAUUUGUGCCCCGACAGAGUUUCCAAAAGGAGACAGAAUCGGCACCAGGCUCUCCCCGCUCGGCCACUCCUGUGCCAACCAAGACAGAGGAGGUCAGCAACCUAAAGACACUACCCAAAGGCCUAUCAGCCAGCCUCCCUGACCUGGAUUCAGAGAAUUGGAUAGAGGUGAAGAAGAGGCCUCGGCCCUCUCCAGCAAGACCCAAGAAAGCAGAAGAGCCCAAGUUCUUGCAGCAGACAGCUCCACUUCAGCAACUGAAAUCAAAGGACCAAGAUGAGCCAGAAGAGUUGGACUUCCUUUUUGAUGAGGAGAUGGAACAGAUGGAUGGGCGGAAGAACACUUUCACUGAUUGGUCAGAUGAGGACUCAGACUAUGAGAUUGAUGACCGGGAUGUCAACAAGAUCCUCAUUGUUACACAGACUCCACCAUACUUACGGCGCCACCCUGGGGGUGACCGUACUGGUAACCAUACCUCUCGGGCCAAGAUGAGUUCAGAGCUGGCCAAAGUUAUAAAUGAUGGGCUUUUCUACUAUGAGCAGGAUCUGUGGACAGAGAAGUUUGAGCCUGAAUACUCCCAGAUCAAGCAAGAAGUUGAGAACUUCAAAAAGGUAAACAUGAUCAGCCGGGAGCAGUUCGAUACAUUGACCCCUGAGCCCCCUGUUGACCCCAAUCAAGAAGUCCCACCUGGGCCUCCACGAUUCCAGCAAGUUCCCACAGACGCCUUAGCCAACAAGCUGUUUGGUGCCCCUGAACCCUCAACCAUUGCCCGAUCUCUGCCAACCACUGUCCCCGAGUCACCAAACUACCGCAACACCAGGACUCCUCGGACACCCCGCACCCCCCAACUCAAAGAUGCAAGCCAGACAUCCCGAUUUUACCCAGUGGUGAAGGAAGGACGAACGAUAGAUGCCAAGAUGCCCCGAAAAAGGAAGACUCGGCAUAGCUCAAACCCACCCAUGGAGUGUCAUGUGGGAUGGGUCAUGGAUUCCCGAGAGCACAGGCCCCGGACAGCCUCCAUCAGCUCCAGCCCCUCAGAGGGCACGCCAGCUGUUGGCAGCUAUGGCUGCACCCCACAGUCACUACCCAAGUUCCAGCAUCCUUCCCACGAGCUGCUCAAAGAGAAUGGCUUCACACAACAUGUCUACCACAAGUAUCGUCGGCGCUGCCUUAACGAGCGGAAACGGCUGGGCAUUGGCCAGUCCCAGGAGAUGAAUACCCUUUUCCGCUUCUGGUCCUUCUUCCUCCGGGAUCACUUCAACAAGAAGAUGUAUGAAGAGUUUAAGCAGCUGGCUGUGGAAGAUGGCAAGGAGGGAUACCGGUAUGGUUUGGAGUGCCUUUUUCGAUAUUACAGUUAUGGUCUGGAAAAAAAGUUCCGACCAGAUAUAUUCAAGGAUUUCCAGGAUGAGACUGUGAAAGACUAUGAAGCGGGGCAGCUGUAUGGACUGGAAAAGUUCUGGGCCUUCUUAAAAUAUUCCAAAGCCAAAAACUUGGAUAUUGACCCCAAACUUCAAGAAUACCUCGGCAAAUUCCGACGUCUAGAAGACUUCCGUGUGGAUCCCCCCAUGGGUGAGGAAGGCAGCCACAAGAGGUACGCAGCGCCGGCAGGAGGAGAAGUCAGGAAACGGUAUCCAUCCCAGUCUUCCAACAAACCGGCCACAGCACCCAGCCAAGCCCACAUCCCACCUGCCAGCCAGUCUGCAAGGGAAGAUGCCAAAAUAUCAAGCCAGCCUUCAGACAUGCAAACUUUGGGAAAGUGAAGGGCUGUUUCCCACUUGGACUAGGGGAAGAAAGGGGACAUGAGAAUGGAAAGGUUGGAAUGAAGGUGGACAAUCCAAGAACAGGCCACUACAGCGCACACAACUUGACAACAAGAGACUGGCUUCUGGCCACUGUGAUGACCCAUCAAAAGGAGACUCCCAUCCCCACCCCUCCCCUUUCCCUUAUGAGUCUUCAUGUCUUAGCUUAUUCGGCCUGGGGUGGGAAGGGGAGAGUUUGAGAGAGAUAUAGAUAUAUAUAUAGAUAUAUAUAUACGUGUGUGUGUGUGUAUAUGAGUCUGUGUGUAUAUCUAUACGAGAUGCAGAUAUACACACAUACGCAUAUAUGUCGUUUUAAAUUAUUGACAGAAUUUCGUCCAUAUUACCAAAAUCACUCUUCAACCCCACAGCUGGCAGCCCACCGCCCCUGCUACCUAAUCCCAGAGACUUUUUCCUCUCUUCUACCCCAUCAAUUCUACUAUGCAGCCUGCACAGAGCCCUAGAGUGCCAUCUACCAACCCACCCCCAGGCUGGCGUUAUCCUGUGGAAACUGCCGCUCUCCCAGUCAAGCUGAGACUGCUCCCAUUCUGGAGCCCUAGACCUGGCUCCUAGGAGAAUGAGCUACACCUUCAUCUGGUGGCCUUCACCGCCAUUCUUAGUCCUCCCCCACCCCCUCCCCAAACCUCCCAUCCCUGCCUUGCCCUUUGGAUCUGCAGACCUUGGAGGAGGAAACCAAAGGAUCCAGCCUGGGGCUGGCCCAGCAAGUGGCUGGUUGGGGAGGGAAGGCAGGGCCCUCCCCCUCUCUCACAUACACACUUUCCAGUCCCUAGCCCCUCCCCAAGCCCGGAGAGACGCUGCUCACUGAAGAAGAGACCCUGUUAAAAGAUGAUUUAUUUUAUUUUUAUUUUACCUUCUGUCCCUUGAAAAAUGACAAAAAAAGGACAAAACUUACCACAAAAGACCAAAAAAAAAAAAAACCACCCUAACCCCAUGCCACAAAAAGCGACUUCUUGCCCUUUGUUCUUUUGUCCUUAAAAAUAAUAUUUAAAAAAAAAAAAAGUUGCCUUAUUGUGGAGUGGGGAUUUGAUACACACAAGCCUGUUUUCCUCUGUGGAGUCAGAAACCUGGCCUGGGAUCACACAGACUAAAACUGAUUUGACAUCAGGAGUUUUUGCUCUGGUCCUUGGCUGGCUGGACAUAACUGAGUUUCAGCGGGCUGGAAAUCUUCCUUGGGACUGAGAUACCAUCUGCACAGCACCCUUCUUCCCCCACCCCAACCCCUGUGGCCCGAGAAGAGAGCUACAGUUGUGGAGGGGGUGCCCCCCCCAUCCCUGCCUAUGCAUAGUUCGAAGCUGACAUUCUGUGUAUGUACUGUGCUGUUGUUUCACCAUCUCCUCUUCCCACCUACCCCUUUCCUCCAUGUACCUCCCCUAGGGUCCUGAACAUCAAUUGAGAGAGGAGAUGUGGGCUCCACAGUGUGACACCCUUCUUCCUCCCAAUCCAUCUUCUCAAUUUCAUUCAGGGAAAGUGGCGCAUGCAUGCCGGGGAAUUGAUAAGCUCUAGUCUUGCAUCAGCUCCUGCCUUCUGAACUCCAUGUGCUUCCUUUGAGGAGGCAGAGAAGAGAGUAUCUUUUCCUGGGAUGUUGGGGUGGCUAGAGGGGCAGGUUGAACUGACCAUGGGGCCAUUGAAGACAAAGUUUUCUUGCCCCCAUUUGUUCCCACCUCUUAGAAUUUGUCCAGUGUAUUGAAGUCUGGAGCUAUGGAAGUAGAUUUUGGCUUCCCUCAGAGGCCAAGAGAUUUCUUCUCUACUGUGUUUCUCAUGGUACAUUUGUAUUUCGCCCCUGCCUUUCAUCCUCUGCCUAGUUCCCUAAUUCCACAUCUACUUUGCCCUUGGUUACCCCAUCCCCCAGGUAUAAUGUGGCUAUAUUUAUGGGGGUGGGAGGGAUGGCACUGUAAAAGUCAGAACUGGGGGAAUCUCCCAGGACAGGCCAUCCCAGCCGUGUGGUGAAAGUUCUAUAUGGACCUGAUGCUCUAGCAGCCAUGUAGCUGCUAACCACUUGUCAGGCCUCUGGAUGAUGAUGGGACUAAGGGAAUGAGAGGAGCAGCCUCCCACCAUCACAAGCAAAGGCGCUUGGUGGGGAGCAGUUGGGUCCUCCUUUUGUAAUUGGAGAGGGGCAAGGGAGAGGCAGGCACAAAGGGAAGUGAAUGUCUUCAGCAUUUUCAGACUUAGGUUAAGUUGCCAUUCCCUGCCCCACUUCUUUCCCAGGCUCAAAACUUUGUAGUCUUCUUGGUCCAAAUCAGUUAUUUGGAAGGUGGGAGAUCACUGGAGGUUUGUACAGGCCAUUGUUGGACUGGAACUAGCUUAUCUACUGAAGGCGCCUAAAAUAGUACCCUACCUUUCAUUUUGUUUUUAGCUGCUUCCUUAUCCUAAAAGCAUCUUAGAUUUUGUCCUUUCUGUUACAUGUGGCCCAGGAGCUGGUCUAUAAGCUCAUCCAGCCCUCUGGUGGUCCAAUCACAACUGAGGCAACAGAGUUGGCAAUGGAGGCGAGCUUGCCUAGCCUUUCCCAGGGCAAGGGUUUCCGAGGCCCCUUUGUCCUGGUCUGGUGCUUGCCCUGGCAAUGGACUCAAUGGGCAUUUCCCCCCUCUUCUAUUUAUCCCUCCCUUGAGAUUGACCAGCCCUGGUACUGUAUCUCUAAUGCCACAGUAACCUCAAAGCUCAGUCCUCUGCCAUACUUGGGGUUGGAAAGCAAGGAGCACCAGGAUGAGCUACAAGCAGGAUAGCUUCCUAACUCUGCCAUCCUACAGUGGCUGGGAUCAUUCUGUGACCCCCAGAAUCUGUACUUGGCUCAAGGCCCAAUUUUCUGGAUUCUACCCAGGGGCUUACAAUGGUUGUCUUGUGAGACUUUCCUCUUCAGUCUCCCUGACUCUCCCAAGGAAAUUCCUGAAAAGAAUGUUCUCUGGGUGGGUAUGCCAGCACUACAUCUCAGCUCACAGGUUGGGUGGGUUGUUUUUUUUUUUUUUAUGUUUUUGGGGUUAAUGUUUCAAAGAGUAGUUUACAUCUUCACUUUCUGAAGACACUUGAAUCUAGGACCGACUUAUCUGUGACGAGCAUGCCAGGGAGGGGCUAGGACCUCCAGGCCUGCCCUUCCAUCUCCCCUCAAAAGACCCCAAGCCCUGAGUCACAAAGCAGCUCCUCGUUUCCUCCACCGGCCCCCAACCCCAAAAAUAUUAUUCCACGUCCUGGAUGCUUUUACCUACUUUACCUAGGUUGGCUUGUUCCAGUAAGAACUUCGGCAUUAGCCUCUAAGUAGUGCCUCUUGUCCAUCCCCAUCCUCUACCCUCAUUUGGCAACUGCAAACUUUCCCUCCUGGUUUGUCUUUUGGAGAAGAUGCACUACCAAUUCAGAUAUCAUCCCCCCAUCCCCAGCCUGGGCAACUGUGACUCAGACGUGGAUUGGUGCUGAGCCCUGUUGGGAAAAUUUUGUUUCAUUACUUUAUGACUUUUCCCUUUCUUGAAAUUUUGCUUUCGCAACAGGAAAAAGCCCUGGCUGCUCAGAGGAAAAGGGGGAAGCCAGCCCACCUGGGCCAAGGAUACAGGAGUAGAGGGGGCAAGUGGGGGCCGAUGACUGAGCCACACGUGUAUAGCUUCCCCAAAACUCGGACUGAAAGCUCUUGACUGUCUGGCUCCUCCCAUAUUAGAAUCCAUCAUUGUCCCAGGUCAGAAGGGGAUCACUUGGCUUCUCCCCAAAAAAUAAAUAACUGCAUCCCUCUUUAGCCAUGUUGAUAGUAAAGGCAAAACUUAUAGCCUGUUACCCCACCAGAGAGGAAAACGUCCAGCUUUGCUGUAAAGGACCCACCUUUCCCUGAUAGGACAUAAUCUUACCAUGUGCUAGAACAUCACAUUUAAAAAGGACAAAAAAAAUGUAAGAUACUUGAAUGAGCUUGUAUUAUAACAUUAAUAUUAUUCAGAGUAUCUGCUUUCCAGGCUGAUGUGAUUCAUUCAUUAUUCUAGUAACGCUUUAGUCCUUUGUAAUUUGUGGUAAUUAUGCUUUUUCCUUUUUAAUACAAAAAAAAUGUAUAAAAAUAAAAAUUUUAAAAGAC